AUGGAUUUUUCAGAGGAGGAGAUACCCCUGCUGAAGGAUGAGAACGUCUGGUAUGGGUUCUAUUUUUGUACUUGGCCUGGGUGCGAGGACUUUUUUCCCACACCUGGCGCUAGGAGGAAGCAUUACAGGGCCCAUUAUAGGCCCGUCAUCUGUCCUGUGUGCGAAAAGCGAAUGGCUUGGAACAGGGACAUGAGGAAGCACUUCGAGACGCAUUUCAAGCGGCCGCGUUUUCAGUGCCGGUGCACGAAGGAUUAUUCCAAGAUGGACAACCUGAAAAAGCACAUGAAGAAAAUGAACUUGCGGUCAAUGAACUUACGGUCAAUAUUGUAG